AUGUCCGUAAACGUUGAAUCCGAGGCGCGUUACGUUAUUGUAAACAAGAAAGCAGGGACUGUCAUCGACCUCUCGGGUACCGACAACCAUAGUAUCAUUGGCUGGGAGCGUCACGACGGAACAAACCAACAGUGGGAGACCAUCGAGGUUGACGGGCGCUGGCACAUCAAGAACGUCGGCAACGGCCUAUAUUUGAGCCUCGGAGGUGCUGGUCCCAACGACGACGUGCGCCUCGUUGGUUCCGAAGACCACUACUCCUGGGAACUCGUCAGGGAUGAUGAAGAUGAGAAUGGUAUCCGUAUCAAGGUUCCCGACUCCUGGCACAACGUUGACCUGACGAACCAUGGUGAUCCCACACCCGGUACUCCCAUUGCUAUCUGGGGUCGCUGGCAGGGCCAGAACCAGGUCUGGUACUUCGAAAGAAGUAAGUUUGACAAGAAAUUGGAUUUGAUCACUUACUGA